AUGGCCCUGCGGAUAUCCCUUAUUUCAUACUCCUGCUAUCAUCGUCUCGACUUUGCCCGAUCGCUUGCUAUGAGGGACCCCUCUGCCCGUGGCUACAGCAAAACUUGCAGCUCGAGAUCGAACGGGCACGGGCCGCUGGAGCUGACAGGGAAGCAGCAGCACAUCAAGGUCUUCUUCACCGUCCUCGAUGUUGAGAAGGAGAGGGGUAUGAAACUCGUCAUCUGGGACUCUUGCCAGACUGUCUUCUCCGAGUACGAUUACGACCAGCUCGUGACGGCUGAGCACCAGUCAAGCGAGAUCUUGAUGUACGCGCAAGACCGAUGGGUGGGAGGACACGACAACCUCUUCAUCCUGCAGCUGCUCCGUGCGGACCGGACGGUAGCAGCUCAGGGUUCGAGUCACUUCACUGUCCCGCGCAUUACGAACGUGACUGAGGGGCUGCUGGGGGAGAUGGAUCAGGAGGGAGGAGGAGGAUGCGACGAAAAGGACGAGUGCUUUUCUCAUGUCAGGUCGGUACACUGGAGCCCCUUGGCGUGCAGUCAGCCCCGAGCUCCCCUCCGCAUCUUCGAUGUGAGCUUGUCGCGAUGGUCGGAGGAUCGGCUCGAACUGUUUGUCCGACCUGGCACGGGGGCAAGACGCGAGGAGAAGUUGGCGAUGGAGGGAGCAGGGAUGAUCAGACUGAGGGCCCAACCUGUGCCCCUCGGCGAUGGUUCUUUCUGCGAUCACUCUUCUUCCUUUGUUGCAGGGACGAUGCUGAUGGCGGUGGGAGUUACAGGAGGAAGUGUCGAGCACUUUGGGUAUGCUAUGUAUGUUGUGGUGCUGGUGCUGGUGAUGAUGAUGGAGAUGGUGGUGGUCGUGAUGGUUAUGGUGAUGGUGAUGAUGACGAUGAUGAUGGUGGUGAUACAGAUGAUGAUGAUGAUGAUGAUGAUGAUGAUGAUGAUGAUGAUGAUGAUGCUGACGAUGAUGAUGGUGGCGAUGGAGACCAUGACUGAGAUGAUUAUGAAGAUGACUGUGGCAUCGAUGAUGAAGAUGAAGAUCAUGAUGAUGCAAAAGGCAUCAUAG